AUGAGCAUUUUAAAAUGUGUGGUAAUCGGUGAUGGCGCUGUGGGCAAAACGUGUAUGCUGAUGAGUUAUGCCACAAACAGAUUUCCCGCAGAUCAUGUGCCGACAGUUUUCGACAAUUAUGCAGUGAAUUUGACAAUAGGUGGAGACACGUAUGAUGUGCUAGGAUUGUUUGACACGGCGGGACACAAAUAUGUUCCAGAAAUUAAAUGUCACUGUCCGAAGACCCCAUUUCUCCUCGUUGGUACGCAAAUUGACAGAAGGGCUGAAUACACGGAUGGCAGUUAUCAAGGCAAACCCAUCAUGUUUGUGCAAGGUGUCAAAGCCGCGAAAUCGCUGGGAGCGGAGAUGUAUGUGGAGUGCUCAGCGCUUACACAACAAGGACUUAAAAAUGUGUUUGAUGAAUCCAUCCUGACAGUUUUAAAUCCUCACAAAAAGAAGCGGUAA